GUUUCUAGAAUGAGUUGAUCGGAUUCACUCAUUGUUUCAAAAUGAAGGAAAUAUAUUUAAGUAUAUUUUUAAGUUUGUGCACGGUGUCUUUAGUAUUUGCAACUAUAGAUGAGGAUAAACCAUACUGUUUUCACUUUAGAUGGGUACCACCGAUGUACGAUAAUAGACCAGAGAAAUAUAAUUGUACUAUGUCUAAAGGUGUACCUUGUAUCGAACCUCUAAUCUCCACAAAGCUUCCACCAAAUAUGACUGAAUUGUGGGAUAUGCGAAAUGAGACCCUUUUAUGUCCUUUAACGUCUGGAAAUGUUUGUAUAAAAUAUGUUUUUGAAUACAAUAAUAAUAUCGUUAAUAUGUCCUUUUUUUGUGGAAAAAUAAUGGAAGAUCAAGUGACGGCUAUUACAUCAGGAUGCUAUCAACAAAAUGUGGGUGGUUACACGGUUGAAGCUUGUGCUUGUGAAUCUAGAAGAGAACCUUGUAAUGCAUCGAUAAAAACAAAAUAUUCUGUUAUUUUAAUGAUUUAUAACUAA